AUGCAGGUUCCCAACGUAACUUUGGAAGACCUCCAGGCUUUCCAAUCCAAGCACUUCCUCGGCGACCACCAACAUCAAUCCGCCGAGCAAAAUGACCUGACCACAGAUGACGAUCUCGGGUACUACCCAGACGGAGUAAAGCGAACGCUCACAGAUGAGCAGAUCAAAAUGUUUAGACACAGCGAGAUUCACUCUCUGCUCCGCAAAAGGCAGCUCCAAGAGGAAAAUGCCGAGUACGAGGCCCGGGCCAAGCUAUCGGCGCAUGAGGAAGAGCCAGACAAAGGCACCGUGUCAGAGAAAAGAGCUCUCGAUGCUGAGACAAGCCCAGGCUCCAGCGCCGAUCACGAGGAUCGGCCGGGGAAACGGCGGGGAAGCAAAAUGCAUCACGCUGAAGCUGAAGCUGCGACUGCAGUGCCACUGGAUUAUGGCGACAAGCCCGCUGAUGUCCCACCCCCGACAGCAAACCCACCGAUAUCGCGAGCACCAUACCAAGGCCGGCGGAUAAUUUCCUAUGAUGACUGA